GUCUCCUGCCCAAGCGAUGUGGGGCCUCCGACAAUCUGCCCUGGCUUCGUAGCGUGCAAGAUUGGGUCGGAAAGACCCGUGGACUGUCUUGCUGAUUUGAGUUGUCAGUGUUGAGCAGCUCUACAGGCUGCUGCCAUUAGUUUGCGCACUAAUGCCAUCCACUCGCUAUGGUUUUAACCAUGUGCUCGCUUAUGUGUCUUCAGUAGUGCUCGAGCGCCUGUGUGAUUUAGCGUGAAUAAGACGAGGUAGCGCAAAGGUAAUUCGUUUGUUGGUAUAACACUGCGUGAAUUGCAAUAGCCGUGGAAGUUGUAGCCGAAUACAACGGUAUAGCCGACCGUACUAUAACUGGUUUCCGUUGUCCUGUUGAGAUAGGCCUGUUUUUUUCGCCUUUUUCGGACCUAAACGGAUCGCGGAUUUCCUAAACGUUAUCAUUAUUUUUACUGACGUAUUGCAAAGCAGAUACUACAAAGGAUAUCUCUAAUUAUCUAUACUCUAUUGGUGUCUUUCCGUUCAGCGGAAAAGUGAUUUCGACGACAAGGGAAAGAGUACAAGCCAUUGCAGGCUUGGAGUUCGCUCGGGACGUUGUUCUCGCUAGAAGCCGCUACAAGGUGGACUAAAGCUGUUUGUUGGUGUUGUUUCUAUUGGAGUCUGUCCUUAUCGGUGUUGUUGUUAACGUUGUCGACGGAAACGCUGUCAGACGAAACAGAUACAAUCUGUACUCAGCAAAGAUGAGGCUGUUAGGGUUUAUAGCCCUAACGGUGGCUCUCGCAGGAACAACGCAAGCUCAAAGAAUAAUCAAGCGACCCCAGACGUCGCUCCAGCCGAAGUCACAAUCGAGCACCUCGUCAUCCGCUUCGAGUAAAUCGUCGAUUACCACAAACAAUGUGCUUACUGAUACAAAGAUGGUUUGCUACUACUCAAACUGGGCCAUUUAUCGACCCGCGCUGGCCAAAUUCACACCUCAAAACAUCAAUCCGUUUCUCUGCUCACAUCUGAUCUAUGCGUUUGCCGGUUUUAAUAAGAAGUGGGAGAUGAAACCUUUCGAUCCGUACAACGAUAUUGAGCAAGGCAAUUAUAAGAAGUUCGUUGGCCUGAAACAGUAUAAUCCAGCAUUAAAAACAAUGGUUGCUGUCGGUGGCUGGAAUGAGGGUUCUAAACGUUUUACAGAAAUGGUAGAGAACGCCGAGAACCGUCAGGCAUUCGUGCGGAGCGCUGUGAAAUUUUGCCGCAUUCAUAGUUUUGAUGGUCUUGACUUAGAUUGGGAAUAUCCUACGUUCCGGGAGGGCGGCCGACCUGAAGAUAAAGAAGGGUACGCACUUCUCAUCAAGGAACUUCGUGAGGCUUUUGAUGCCGAGAAGACAAAUGGCAAGGAUCGACUUCUCCUUUCUGUCGCUGUACCAGCCGGCAAGGAUUACAUUGAUCAAGGUUUCGACGUGAAAACCAUUUCAGAUUAUGCGGAUUUUCUCAACAUACUCACAUAUGAUUACCACACCGCAUUUGAAGCUGUCAUUAACCAUCACGCGCCCCUUCGUGCCCGAGACGGCCUUAAAGAGUGGGAUGACGAGAAUACGCUCAACAUUGACUGGACCGUCACUUACUACCUGAAAAAAGGAGCACCCGCCAACAAGUUGAUCCUGGGUAUACCCACCUACGGCCGAUCGUUCACACUUAGCAAUGCAGAUGAGACGGACCUCGAUUCGCCAGCCAGUGGACCCGGACAACAGGGUGAAGCUACCCGCGAAAAGGGUUAUCUUGCAUAUUACGAGAUCUGCCAAGCCGUAAACGAAAACGGUUGGGAGCUAGCCCGACCCCACGAAGACAUUAUGGGGCCAGUCGCCUUCAAAGGAACCCAGUGGGUUAGCUUCGACGAUGAGAUCAUGAUCGCCAAUAAGGUGAAGUACAUCAAGAGCAAAGGGCUCGGUGGUGCUAUGAUUUGGACUUUGGAUAAUGACGAUUUCCGUGGCUCAUGUGGGGGCGGUGAGUCACCGCUGAUCAGUGCGCUUCGAGAGUCUCUACUUGAUGCUGAAGAAUCAUCGACCAGGCCACGUAUCACCGAUGCGAGUUCUAGCAAAAAGAAGGACUCGUUAAAAAGCGGACGAAUCAAGACUACAACGACGACGCCAGCCCCUAAGGGUACUCAAAGAAGCAGGGCAAACCAGAGCGGGGCAGCUAAAUCAAGUAGCACGCAAUCGGCAAAGAGCACGAAACCCAAGGAAACGGGUCUUCUAUUUACGACUCCCGAGCCGCCGACAACUCCGGACCCAGGCACUCCAUUCGAGUGCGAAGAUGAAGGUUUCUUCCCUAAUGACAAGGACUGCCGGAAAUACUAUUGGUGUCUUGAUUCUGGUCCAGCAGAUCUAGGUAUCGUAGCCCACACCUUUACCUGCCCGAGUAACCUUCAUUUCAACUCAAAGACGGAAUCUUGCGACUUCAAGGAUAGAGUCAAAUGUAAGGCCGAUAAAGGUAAAAGCAAGGCCAAGAAGAUCACUACAACAUCGGCGCCAGCGCCUGAAGAGGAAGAAACAAGCACAGCCAGGCCGUCCAGCAAGAAAUCCAAGCGGCCUUCGUCUCGCACCACACUACGUACAGCAACCUCAACAUCAACAACAACAUCAACCACAACGACCACAAGGCGGCCCAGCACCCGAAGGAAAACAGGUGGGCGAAAAAGGCCUGUCACAACAACGACGGCACUGCCUGAGGUUGAGGACGACGAUUUCGAAUACGUGGAUCAAGAGCUUGACCCAACUGAGGAAUCGGUUACCACGCGUCGUGUGAAAUCUGGGAAACAAACAGAAAAAACCACCAAUAAUGAUAGCAUUGCGGAACUUGUACGAUUGCUUAAAGAUCAUCUCAGAGCACCUGAAAGCAAAACCGACGAAUCAACCCUGUCGAAUCAGGGGAACCAAGUCCGCGGUCCCCCCGCUCAACUUGCUCCACAGACUCAGGCCUAUACUGAUCCACGAAUUCAGCCUGCCGAACCCGGAACAAAUCUACGUCGCCCUGUUCAGGUUCAAUAUCGAGAACCUGUACAGUUAUUCCAAGAAUAUGCUAAUCCUUCGCGUCAAACCAACAGUCGACUUGAUUCUGGCCUGAACGUAUACGUUGCUCCGGCGAGAGACGCGCGCCCUCUCCCUGAGGACGCGAUCAGCCCGUUCAAGUUCAGUUACAGCGAACCACUCAACAGGCCGGCUCCACCUGAUAACUAUCGGGAACUCCGUACACAAAAUGGUGAACCUGAGUUCAGGCAACCAGUCGCUCGCCCCGACGUUGACCAAAACGACCAGACUUCUGCGAAGGCGCGAAAGCCAAAGUUGGAUAAUUCACUAGCACGCGCUCCUUAUAACCCGGACCGUUUCGACCUAGGCGACAUUCCUGCUUUUGGCUUUUCCGAAGGCUCUUCUAGAGGACUUGAGGAAGCCCCGGCGCCUAAACCGGUUACAGCUGAAGCUUCUCUUCCCCCAAGUAAAAGUAGUGAGCCUGAUUUCAUAUUCGAUGGGGAUAUUCCAGAUUUCUCAUUUUCUGACGGACCGGGAGAAGCGAAACCGCAGUCUAAAUCCAACUCCGGUGAUUUGAGCCGGCUACCCAACUCACGGCCAUUCCGCUACGAUUCUCCUGGGACAACAUCUACACAGUUUCGCCGUGUAACAACCGAGUUGCCUUUCGUCUACAACACGCCUCAACGGCAGUCCCGCCCCGCUCCAGCGGCGGUUGGACAUUCCGACUUCGGCAAAAACGACGACUCAAGCCAGCUUCCUGGGCAAAACACUCAGUCGGCACUGCAGUUUGACUAUCAACAACCUCAAAGGGACUCACGUCAGCCACAAACCACAUUUACGUACAGUGACCCACCGCUAAGAGAACAGAGGCCUCAAACAAACCAAUUUACUUACAAUGAGACACCUCAACGUGAAAACCAACAGCAACGUCAGCGAGGUGCUGCGUUCACAUACAACGAUCCUCCACAACGCGAGACACGUUCUCAACAAACCAACGCCUUUACGUACAGCGAUCCUCCACAGAGGUCGACAGAUGCUCCGGCCGCAUUCUCUUAUAGCAACCCUCAACGAAAUGCUGUUCCUCCGCCAGUGCAAGCCGCCUACCAAGACCCAUCUAGUCGGCAGCAAAGUACUACAGACCAAUUUGACAAUUAUCAGUCGCCUCAACGAAAUUCCCAGCCUGUGCAGUCGUUCGCUUUCAAUUAUGAGGCUUCGCCGCAGCGGACGCGUCAGCAGAAGCAACAACAGCAGGCCUUAGCAUUUAAUUAUGACGCUCCCCCUCAACGUGACCAGACAUCUGCUCCAAAUUCUCUCCAGCAGUACGACGCCGCGCAGCGAUCGAAGACAAAGUUGACGCAGGGGUUUGCUUUAGACACGCUUGUCCCCGAUCCACUGUCGACCCACGAUGAAGGUCGCAACGUCGCGCGUCAAGGUAGGCUUAACCAACAGCAUCUCACCACUAAUCUCCCUGUGAGCCAGACACCAACGACUACGUCACAGCCUGCAACUACCCGGCCGCCAAUUCCACCUCUGCCGUCGCCAGCCUCUAUUCCGGCGGCAACAUUCGAUGAUGACGAAUACUACUACGACGAUUACGAGGAUGAGCCCACCCUGGCGACACCCCAGGCUCGACCAACAGUACCACCCCAACCGACAACGCGAGCUACCGUGCCACCUCCAGCGCGCCGGACGGUUCCCGUUAGUCAGACCUCUCCCAGAAGGGCGGUCGUGAUCACAACCCCUCGCCCCUCUAGAAGACCGGUAAUCGCCGUCGAGCCAGUACAAGAUCCCUAUGCGCCGCCGCUAAUCGUCAUCGAUAAAGAUACUAUUGACUGCAACAAGCGAGGAGUUUUUAUUCACCCUAACGAUUGCACAAAGUUUGUCGUCUGCGCACCCGGUAAGAAUGGCCUGAAAGGCUUUGUUCACAACUGCCCCGCUGAAACAAUCUAUGUAACUGCGCUCGGACGCUGUCUACGAGGUGACCGCAAAACAUGCACCCGCAAAUAAUGUCCGCAAACAUAACUAAUCGAAAUGACUCUUGCCUAGCCAGUAUGAAUGAUAUCACUGGUAACCAUAAUAAUGAUGUCACGCUAUCAUUCAAUAUAACAUGAAUUAGGGCCAUUGCAUAACAGGAAGCAUAAAUGCGAACUAUGAUGGAUACAAGGCCACACGAUCAGUGUGCCUAGAAAAGGACACUCAAUAAGGAACAUUCUUCGACAUGACAGUAAUUCAUAAAUCGAUUUGUAAUUAUAGGUCACAAAAUGUUUGUUUCAAUCGGUAAUACUCUUCAUUUUUAUCAAGGAUCACGAUGUUAUCAAUCAGCAGAGCGUUAUUAUUCAGACGGAGAAAAAUAUAAAUCAAAUAGAUAGGACGAGAUUUAGAGCGGAACGAGAGCAAAGGACUAGCAAGCAUAGAUUCUGCGCGUUGUGGUUAGUGCAAAGCCUAAUAAUGCCAUAUGUAAAUAAUGUAUAUAGGGGCAAUUAGCAACAACGAAGAAGCGACAGGCAGUGAUUCGAGAGUCUGUCGUUGCACUGUUCACUGCAUUGCAUCCUGUUCGUGUUGUGUUUCGUCCUUAAUAGAAAAGAGAGGGGUAAGACGAGAGAGAAAAUCACCCCCAAAUCGAAACCAGGAAAGCAGAACUCUAUAAGGGAAUGUCUUACAUUCACAAACGCUAGUGAAAAUGAUCCUGCCAAUAAGAGACACAGAUUGACUCUGUUAUUCUACUAAGAUUAAGAUAACUUUAAAAAAAAAAAAACGUUAAUUAUAAGAGAACUUCUUCUGCAACGUUGCCGCACGAGUCAGUAACAACCGGUAGAAACGAUGUAAGCGAUGAGGAUCGUCCUCAUCAUAGAAAGCUGUUUGAUGUUGAGGGCCGAAGUUUUUGUUGUUAUAUUGUCAAUCAGUUAUUUAUACUAUAUGAUGUUUGCCAUUUCAUAUGGUUUUCUUCAUAAAUAAAAGUCAAA